GCCGCCGCAUCCGCGAGAUGCUGCACAGCACUCUGCACAUGCACCAGCGGCCCGGCACACUGUGCUCGUGUCAGUUCACGCCAGCCCCGGUUGUAUUAUUAAUCCCUCUCGCACACUGGUACGAUGUACGGGGUGCUGGUGUUGGUGUAAGGUUGUUAGACGUUGUCACCGGCAACGGUAGUCCGAUACACAGCACGCGGCUGCACAGCGACCUGACGUGUUCAAUAACCUGCACUCGACGAAUUUGUUAAAUCAUUUACACUACAUCAAGUGUUUUAAAAAUCAUGGACCCCAUCACCGCAUGUUUGCAGUAAAGUUCAUUGUAAGCAAAGUGUAAUGACAAGCAAGCCCUACAUAAAACAUGACAUUGUCCGAAGCUUUCGAUGACCCGUCAACCGCUAUAGACAGCAUUGAAAGUUCAGUCAAUUUAAACUCUUUGUACUGUUCCCAUCUAUGGGCCAAUAGUAAUCUACGAAGUGCAAUUAUUACAGCUCCGUGUAGAGACCGAAACGUAAUAACAUAUUGUUACACAUGCAAAGGCAAAAUAAGAAAAUAUGAACUUAAGUCAACAAGAAACUUUACGCCACAUAAUCAUUCCACUCCUAACAAGGAGAUUAAAAUAGAAAAAGAUGAAACAUAUGCAAAUGAACAAGAAGAACAUGCUAUUGAUAAAAAUACACCUCAAACAGUUCGUUCAUUCAACAACACCUUACAAGACUUAGAGUCCACAAAUGUGGACAAUAAACAACGCAUUCCUUCCAUAUCCCAACAAAUUGAUUCCAGCUUUAGACAAAAAUAUACCUCUUAUGAAAUGGAUCCUAAUGAUGAUAGUCGGCGUAGACUUAGAAAAAGUUUGAGGGGUUUCGGAUGUAUCGUUAAUUUUGCUUCGACUGAUAGCUCUCUAAAGAAGAGAACGCAAAUACAAGCCUGCUCAAUAAGUGUGAUGAUUGUAGCGAUCGUAAUAAUAAGUUUUAUUUUGGUCAAUUUUGCAAGCCCUAAUUUUAAAGGUAUGACCAACAAAAUUAGUACAACUGUAGUGCCAACAAAGAAUAAAGUCAAUGAAACAACGUCUAAUACAAUAAAUACACAUUUAGAGGUUCCAUCAAGAACAGAAUUAAAUGUAAGUAGUGUAGAUUUCAUGAGUACAGAAUCCAGUCGCACUUAUAAUACAGAGAAUUCUACAUCAGUUAGUGCUAUCUCUAAAAUUCGUAAGAAUAUAGGAACAUACCCAAAACUUUCAAGUAAGACAGAUGAAAGUGAAAAGCCUAAAGACGUGAAUAACAGAGAUUUAUCUCAAAGAUUUUGUACGUGCCAAAAAAACGAAAUCUGCAUGUUAGACGAGAACAGUGGCACUUCGUUAUGUAGAAAGCCAACGGAUGACGAUGAUCCAACUGGUUGUGGAGGGCUGUGCGCCCUAGAGACUGAAGCUUGUCAACUAGUAGAUAAAGCGCGAGGAGUGCGCGUGUGCCGGUUGCUGACACUUGUGACGUGUUCCCCCGACGAAUGGAGAUGUCGUAAUGGACUCUGUGUUCCCGCGGAUGCCCGCUGUAAUGGCUCUAUACAAUGCUACGACCGUUCUGAUGAAAUGUAUUGUGAGUGCGAUUUAACGAAGCAGUUUCGUUGCGGCCAUUCCAUAUCUUGCUUUUCACACACAAAGCUAUGCGACGGUAUUAUUGAUUGCUGGGAUGGUUACGACGAAGUCAAUUGCACGACUGAAUGUCCCGCUGACCAAUUCACAUGCACUGAUGGCCAGUGUAUAAUGGCUUCAAGAUUCUGCGACGGUCUAGCAGACUGCGCAGAUGGAAGCGACGAACCAGAUGGCUGUGGCGGGAAUUGUGGAGCACAUGAAAUACGCUGCAAGAACCAACGUUGUGUACCCCGCACCGUGCAUUGCGACGGCUACGACAACUGUGGCGAUCUCACCGACGAGAUGCAAUGUUCUAAAUAAUAAAAGUAGGAAAAACUACGAGCGGGAAAAUUAUUUUUAUUUAUUUGUAUUGUACCUUUUAAGUAGGUAAUCGUCCUUGAGACCACAACGUAUGCUUUCGAACCAAAGACUAUAACUGAAAUCCUCAUGGGCAGCCACAAUGUGUUUUCAUUCCUAGAAAUAAAAUUAUUUUUUUAGUAUAA